CACGGGAGGACGCGCGGCGCUGCGCAGCCGUCCACCUGACGGGCGACCAUGUCGGACAUCGGGGACUGGUUCAGGAGCAUCCCGGCCAUCACGCGCUACUGGUUUGCUGCCACCGUCGCGGUCCCCUUGAUCGGCAAGCUCGGUAUUAUCAGCCCGGCCUACUUCUUCCUCUGGCCCGAAGCCUUCCUCUAUCGCUUCCAGAUAUGGAGGCCGUUCACUGCCACCUUUUAUUUCCCCGUGGGGCCCGGAACUGGAUUUCUUUAUUUGGUCAAUUUAUAUUUCUUAUAUCAGUAUUCUACACGGCUUGAGGCAGGAGCUUUUGACGGGAGGCCAGCAGACUAUUUAUUCAUGCUUCUCUUCAACUGGAUCUGCAUUGUUAUUACUGGCUUAGCCAUGGAUAUGCAGUUGCUGAUGAUUCCUCUAAUCAUGUCAGUACUUUACGUCUGGGCCCAGCUGAACAGAGACCUGAUUGUAUCAUUUUGGUUUGGAACACGAUUUAAGGCCUGUUACUUACCUUGGGUUAUCCUCGGAUUCAACUAUAUCAUUGGAGGCUCGGUCAUCAAUGAGCUCAUUGGAAACCUUGUCGGACAUCUUUAUUUCUUCCUGAUGUUCAGAUACCCAAUGGAUUUGGGAGGAAGGAAUUUUCUGUCCACACCUCAGUUUUUGUACCGCUGGCUACCCAGCAGGAGAGGAGGGGUGUCAGGCUUCGGUGUGCCCCCUGCAAGCAUGAGGCGAGCUGCUGAUCAGAAUGGCGGAGGUGGGAGACACAACUGGGGCCAGGGCUUCCGACUUGGAGACCAGUGAGGAGCAGCCCUGGCCUGCUCACCAGCCAUGCUAAGCAGAUGACAGUCUCCUCCCAGUGCUGGGCACGCUUAAUGGCCGAGCUCUUGCUGCCGCUCUUGGACCUGACCCACACUGAAUGUAGUCUUUUGGUACAAGACACAUUUUUAAAUCCCGAAGGAAAAUACAAGUGUUCCUCAAGUUUCAUGAUUCUCAUUCAAGUCCUUUCUGCUGUGAAGAGCAAAUGUCAGCUGUGCAGAUUUCAGAACUGACUCAUGUUCUGCUGUCUUCUCCUCUCCCCUUCCUUCUGAUUAAUGAACUGGGCAAGAGGGGCUGAUGAGUCAAAUCCUCUCAGAGGACCCUCUCCUCUCUCACACGUCCCCAAUCCCGUCAGAGGACCCUCUCCUCUCUCACACGUCCCCAGAGCUGCAGCUAGCAUUGUCCACAGAAGGAUUUUGCCUUUGACAAACUUACUGACUUGCCAAAGCUUGGUCACAAAGAGCUGGCUCACACAUGGUCCUUGGCCAUCACUGGCAGGACUGUAACUGUAGGGAGAAGAUUGGAGCAGCAGAGGAAGAACUUUCUCCGCUGUGGGGCCUGCAUUAGCCUGUCAGCAGUGCUGCCAUUUGCUGCCUCUCACAUAUUUAUACACAAAGGCACCUCUGAGUCAGUGAGGGCCCGGACUGGGAGUAACGAGGAUUAGGACUUGUUGCUAGGCACUCCUAUCCCUCUGAGCUGAGUGAUCAAAACCAUAGUGGAGUUGCUCCUGACACAGGGGAUGGGUUUAAUCACAAUCCCUUGUGUUUCUUCAUGGGGUGAACUGGCUUUGUGUGCCCAGAGCAGCUGUGCUGUGCUGUGCUAUGUUAGGAGGUUCCUGAUCACAUGGCCAGACAGACACACGUCCCUGGAGGCACUGAUUCUGUUUGGUCCUCAUUGCGGGUGUGUUCAUUCAGUCGGUGGAGAAGAGAGGUUUAGACUCUAAAUUUUUAGUUAACUGUUUUUUGGACCAUGCCUUUUCUGGUCAAGUGUUUAUGUUAAUGCUAAGGGAAGUGCCUCUUCAGAUGUGUGUUGGUCAGUUUUUAAGGCUAAUGGAGGCACAUCUGAAGGGGUCACUCGUAAUUAGAGGUUCCAAUAGCUUUAGGAUCAUUUGCAUUUGAAGGUCUUCAUUACCUUGGGUCAUGCAUGUAUACACUUUGUGAAUCAGACCUGCUCCCUUUUUAUAGGUGGGCUUUUGCCAGCAGAGCUCAGCUUAUCACUAAAUAAAGUUUUCUGAAGGCUCCAGGGCUUUACAGUUACUUUAUGCUUUCAUUCUGGAAUCAGGCUGCUGGCUGCAGUGGGACGGGCCAGUAUGCUCUGAAGGCUUUUGAUACUUUGGUUUUUCCCUUGAGGAAAUGUGCCCAAACAGGGUGACUUACCCUUCUCUGCUCAUUAAAACUGUGAUGUGUAUUAUAUUAGGAAGUGGGAGUUUGAAAAAGAGCUCCCCCUUUCUCAUGUGUACCUCUCCAUAUUUAAUUUAUAUGAUAAACUAUUGAGUGGAGAGAGGCUGAUCCUGAACCAUCUGGUUCUCCUGCUGACCUGAGGCUAUGAUAAAUGUGUGUCUGUCAGAUUCAGGAAGGAUUGCCAUUUGAGUGAGCAGGAGAUUAUGCUUCGUCCUGGUACCAGGCUGUCUCCUGAGAGCACUGGCUUUUCUAAGGAUCUGCAAGUACAGAGAGCUUUUCUGUACAGGGAAAAUGUUCAGAAAAUUCUUUCUCCUGGACAUGAUUGGGAAGCUGAUAAUUUUAUUAUCUUGCCUGGAUUACUAGUCCUUCCAAGAUAGUUUUACCAAAGUGAGCUGUUUGAGUAUUGACUUCACAAGGUAAGAAUUCACAGUGGGUUCUCUUUAUGAAUGUGAAAAAAAAAAACCCUUAUUUUGUACAGACAGCUUUCCUUUUUGUAACUAAUCCUUUUUACUGGUAAACAUUGUAAAUUAAAAUGUGCAACUUGAA